GUUCCAAUUUGAAGAGCGGAUGGUGAGAUAUUAACUAACUUCUCGCGUUUACCAUCGAUCGUAGUCGAUUACAAGGGGGAUUUGCUGUGGACAAAUUUGCGAGGCCGACUUUUGAUGUUCUGUUUAUGAGGCGGCACGCGUUUUAUUGUGAAUAACGGACCUAACGGACUCAGCGGAAUUACUGAACUUAUGUGGUAAAAUACGUACGACCACCAAGUGUGCGUUUCGAAUCUUACUACGGGUGACGGUUCCCCACCGGUGUCAUCGCCGUCAUUUAACAUAACCUCAAAGUGAUCACAUAAUCAAGAAAAUCUUAGUCAGGGAAAGCAUGAAUCCUUUGGGAGGUGAUGGAAGUGGAGACGGGGACGUGGAACGACGUGGAACCGGACGUGGUCGUGGUAGGGGUCCGUGGACUUCCAGCCCACAGGAUAUCCCCAUAUUAAGAAGACCGCAUCAUGCUACAUCUGGAAUGCAAACAGGAUCAGUAGAAUCAAGAAGCAUGGAACAGGGCAAAUUGGAUAAGUCUUUCGAUGAUAUUAUCCAGAACUCUACAUUGUCCGUUCAUGCAGCUGAAUUUGUUCCAAAGUCAUAUCCUGUUAAGCAGCGUCAUCAACAACAGAUAUAUAUACAUAAACACUCAGUUCAAGAUAGGCUACAAAUGGCACGUGAAAUACCUCUCCAAGCACAAAUGCAGCAAAAUCCUGCGUAUAAUUAUGAUGCUUCUCAACAUUAUCAGCAAGCAGAGCAAGUUCAACAGUUUGAUAACCUUUCACAACAGCAACAGCAGGAACAACAAUCAAAUAUGCAAGAUUAUGGUCAAUUUGAUGAUGGUUCAGGAGACUACAGAGACAAACAUCAGGACUCGAAUAUAGAAGAUGAUAAUUAUAUAAUUGAAUUUGCAAACAUAACACAGAAUUUAAUGAGUGUUAUACAUUCGUUGAUAUUAAAUCCAGGGCAUUUCACUUUGAUCGUGCCGCCGCUCAUAAAUAAUCUUAGGCCUUAUUUAGGAAUUCCUAGUCAAUUUCAAGAAAUUAUAAAGAUAAUAAUUCAACAGUCUAUAAAUGAGGGUAAUUUCCGGUACAGUGGUGCUCGACUUUGCGCCUCUUUGGACAAUAGUUUGACUCCCAUAGAACAGACGUCUUUCAGAUGGACUUUGUAUACUUUGUGUAAAAGUGAAACAGACAGUCAAGCUUCUAACUGGCAACAAAAGGAGAAUCACACAGAGGAAGAACAGAAGAAUUGUCACGGGUUGAUAUUACUUCUAGCUGAAUUGGUUACUCAAAUGGAUCACGCUUCUGCGUUUACUUUAGGAAACUUAUUAAUUCAGUUUAUUAUUAUUAUAUUAAAAAAGCCCGCGCCGAAUUCUGUCAAGAACAUCUGUCAAGCUCUUAAGUUGGCAGGACAAACUUUAGAAAAGGAUAAAGUUGAAAGUCGACGCAAAGAAAUGGAGAACAUGAUGCGGGCUCUAACGGAAAUUGUAACAGAAGGUAGAGUGGAUUCACACAUAGGACAUAUGGUACAUAGUGUCCACGAAUUGAGAAACGGAAACUGGGGUCAGAGUUCUGAUAAUUCUACGACAGUGGAAUCAAUAGAGCCAUUAGAUCCCAACCAGGCCAUCGAUGAACCAGUUUUAUAUGGUCCUGACGGCAAGUUAUUAACCCCGGAGGAAAAUAAAUUCUUAGAAGAAGUUUCCGAUAGCACAAUGAACAUCGAGGACCACAUCAUAUCGGAACAGGGAUAUGAAGGUGAAGAACCAUGGAUGUCGGAGGACGACGACAUAGAUGCAGCAUACGAAGAAUUUUUAAAGAAUAUUCCGAAGCAGAUUAAAAACCAGACAAGAAAGUAAUCGGGAACACACGACUACGGUUACCUACUAUAAGUCAUUAUUGUGUAAUUUCGUCUCAUAGUUGGAAACUAUGAGGGUGGUUUCCUAAAUUGCGUUCGAAAAUUUUUAUAAUGUAAAAUGAAACGCAGACUAAAUCGAAUGGUAUGCUGGAAGCUUUUUUUUGCAUUUGUACAAUAGGUCAUCGAAUAGAUUAGUCUCGAGUUUUUAUUUACGAAUAUACUCUAGGAAACCAUAUCGUUUCAAUUACAAUUUUUCGCGCAGACAUCUAUAAUAAAUUGUUUUUCUUUUUUUAAACUCAUAUAUCACAUUUAUAAUCGUGCACACAGUUUCUUAAAUUUAGCAAUGAAUGUCGCAAAUGUUUGUUCCUAGGACGAAAGACGAUAUAAGCUAUUUGUCUAUGAUAUACAAGUUUAUUAUUAAGUUAUUUAAAUUAUUGUAAUAAAUCAGCCAAACAAAUAAGGCAAAAUAUUAAUCAUUGUCUUCAUCAUUUUGAGAAUCUAUUACGAUCAUUAUUAAGAGAAUUUUGGUAUCUAACUAAUUUUCUUGCAGGUAUCAUAAUUGGGCAGAUAUGUUUAUAGUCUUUCCUUGUUUGCAUAAUAUAGUUUUAUAAGUUACGAGUGAUUUUUAAUUCGACGAUUUUUGAGAGUUCGAUUUCUUUAUCUGAUUUUUGAAAACCAUUGCGCAUAUAACGACCUUUGCGUCGAUGAUCGUAAUGUGCACGUGGAACCAUCGACACUGGCAGGUCCAUUUUUGGCGCGAAAGGAUGAUUGUCCAUCGAACAGUAGACUUGCAGUGCGAUUACUCACGCUCUCUGUAUUUAAUCUGUAACACGGUGCUUUUUUCAAAUAUAUUUAUCCCGUCAUCGGGUCUACAUUCCGACCAGUGAAAGUCGAUCUAUUAAAAAAAGAAUAGUUGAUUUAUUAUGUAAUUGAAGCAUCGAACUCUACCGCGAUUUGUUAGGAUGUUAUUUAUUAAUUUAUACGAUCGAUAUAUUUAUAUUUGAUUAGAAGAAAAUUUUGUAAUGAGAUAUAUCAUGUACCAAUAAAAAUAAAAAGGAAAUAUGUCAUUUUUAUUAGGAUAAA